UGUAGCAUGCGCAUAUAGCAAAAUAAACAAUCAUGGGUCCAUCAUUUCGUAUCAAAAUGUCGAGACUGUGGACUGUGGACCCGAUAAGAAUAUUUACAUAAAAAUGUUGGAUUCCACAUAAAAAUAGUUUCUAUGGUAACGGGUCAGGCGAGUUGGGCACGACUGGUCGAUGGUAGAAGUGUACAGUGGCAAAACGACCGCACAGCCAAGUAUCGUGUCAGACUAAACUAUGGCCGCGAUGUGAGCACUUUGUUCGGCUUAUUCAUUCAUACAGAGUAUAACUUAUUCUUUAUUGAUCCAAUAUGGGUCAAGCUGUUAGAAAAUCUAAAAAUACCCCAGCGGCAGAAAAAGGCGAUGUUAGUUUACUGCAACCGACGCCGACCAGUACACCAACGUCAGAAACGCCGAUAGAGUUGGAGAUUCAUCCUCAAGUUUAUUUUAAAAGAUGGUUUAUGUUAGCGUUGUUUUGUAUAUAUUCGUUUAGUAAUGCUUAUCAGUGGAUCCAUUUAAAUAUAAUAGCCAAUGUUAUACUUCGUUUUUACAAUGAAAGUCUUCCUGCAGACUCUUUUCAACAAGAGACAGCUAUCGACUGGCUGUCUAUGAUUUAUAUGCUAGCGUAUAUACCUUUAAUAUUUCCAGCCGCUUGGUUAUUAGACAAAAAGGGUUUAAGAAUAUGUCAUAUAUUAGGUUCAUUAUUGAAUGCUGUGGGUGCUUGGAUGAAAUGUGCCAGUGUGACCCCAGAUCGAUUCCCCGUGCUCAUGGCUGCCCAGACAAUAUGUGCCAUAGCUCAAAUAUGGGUGCUUGGUAUUCCGGCCAGAUUAGCAGCCGUGUGGUUUGGACCAAACCAAGUAUCAACAGCGACAUCUAUGGGUGUAUUUGGAAAUCAGAUAGGAGUUGCUGUGGGGUUCCUGUUACCGCCAGUAUUAGUGCCAAAUUCUGAAAAUCUGGAGACAGUUGGCCACAAUAUGACUAUUAUGUUUUAUGGUGGUGCAUCAGUUACUACGGCUUUAUUUUUUACCAUUUUAAUAUUAUUUAAGGACAAACCGCCCAAACCCCCUAGUGUAGCUCAGAUGUUGGCUGUUCAAGCUGCAGAGAAUGAGAAAUAUUUAUCAUCAUUGGUUCGAUUGUUCAAAAAUAAAAGUUUUAUGUUGCUCAUGGUCUCCUAUGGUAUGAAUACGGGGUCGUAUUAUGCUAUUGGAACAUUAUUAAACGCUGUCGUGCUUCAUUAUUUCCCAAAUGAAGAGAUGAAAGCUGGUCAGAUUGGUUUAACCAUUAUACUGUCUGGUGUGGCAGGAUCUAUACUGGCUGGUAUCUGGCUAGAUAAGACUAGAACUUUCAAAUCUACAUCCCUAGGUAUUUAUAUCUUAUCUAUGGCUGGAAUGGUAGCUUUUACCUUUACCAUGAACCUUGGUCAUAUAUGGAUAGUCUUUAUUACCGCCGGUUCUUUAGGGUUUUUUAUGACGGGAUAUCUACCAGUUGGGUUUGAAUUUGCUGCUGAACUAACGUAUCCGGAAUCGGAAGGCACUUCUUCUGGUCUAUUAAAUGCUUGCGCCCAGUUUUUCGGUAUUAUUUGUACAAUUGGUAUGAGGGCUAUUAUGAAUAAAAUCAGUGUACUAGGAGCCAAUAUAGCUGUAGCCAUUCUUUUAUUAGUGGGAUCCAUUAUGACAGCUAUCAUUCGAGCAGAUUACAGACGCCAGAAAGCUGGAGAUGAUUUUGUGAAGCGAACAGACCAUGUAGAUAUCGAUUUACCAAAGCAGAAUGGUGUUCCAGAAAUACGGGCUAGUUUGGUUGAUUUACAAGAACGAUCUAAUUACUGAUGUCACUCGGUUGAAAUGAAAUGCCGAAUUCUCCCAGUCUGCAGUGAAUAAGUUACGACGUGAUCCUGUAUAAAUCAAUGUCCCCCUUAAUAUUUUCCAUGUCAUAAGGAUUGACGCUAAUGCUCAAUGGUGUUUUUGAAGUGAUAAAAUCAAAUAUUGUUUGACCUACAAUCAAAAUAUUAGAAAAAAAGGUAUAUUCAUAAUCAUGUCAAAUACACUCAUCGUCUUGUUAUCAAGCUAGAGGCUAGAUUUGAAAAGAGGCAGACCUUAUUGAUUCAGGUCAAAAUAUAAUAAUGAAUUGGGGUUAUCGGCUAUAGGACAAAAUCUAUAAAAUUAUCUUUUUGCUUCGAAAUGUUAAGCUGAAAGCUAAAUUUUAAAGGGGCAGACAUAUAUUUGAUUUAGAUCAAAAUAUAAUAUUGAAUUGGGGUUUAGUUCCUGUGUUAUUUCGAUCAGUUAUAGGACAAAAUCUAUAAAAUUAUAUUUUUGCUUCGAAAGGUUAAGCUGAAGUCGACAUGUUUACUAAUAUUUGUUUAAAAUUGUCAAUUGAUUUAGUGUAUCGACAGCAGAACACAAAAUCGAUUUUAUCUGUAGGCAGAUGAACACACGUACAGUCAUGCCACAAUCGAUAAUUUUAUUUUUGACCCAAUUGAAAACGGUUUAGCCAUUUCAAAACAUGUAUGGACUCAUUCUUCCAGGUUAUGAUUUUUUCAUGUAAUUAAAUUGGUAACGAAUAACACAUAGUCUGGAGGUUCAGUGCGGGGGUGUCCAUCAAAUGGGCACAAAACCAGACACAACUUUUCUAGAGUAAAAUUAUGCGUAGAAUACGAUGCCUAGUGGUAAUCAGUCCGCCGUUGGGGCGUUUUCGAGAUAUUCGGGGUCAAAGGUCAAAUGGGUUCAUUUGCACUGAAAGUGAAUGCGCAGUCAUUCUUGUAUCAAGAAAAUAAGCUGAAAAUGAUCGAAACUAAUCACACUUUCAAUACAAAUGUAAACUUGCUAAAUUCACGUUUGUUCUUUGUGACCCCAGAGGUCAAAAUUUUCCGUUUUAGCACUAGGAAGAUUUAAAGUAAUAAAUGUCAGCGUAAAAUAUAAAAACUAAACUGAAACCUGUUCUAAUUAAUAAUAGGAACAUUCAAAAUUUAUCUUUAGGUGGUCUUAGCACCGAACUUUUACUUUGGAACGUCGAAAAUGAUCUUGGAUAACAGAACCAAAACGCUUCGGAACCUGUUUCAAAAAUACGUAAAAAUUGUUAAAUCAACCACAUAAAAAACCAAACUCCCGGUUACGCAUGGGCAAUGGAACUUUCCUUACGUUGAAGACUAGGAGGUUCUGGGUGACCGAGACUAAAGUUCAAAAGAAAUAUAGCGGGCGCAUGAUUGUUAGACCGGAGGCUCAGCGCCUGGAUGAUAGAGACUACUUUAGCGUUGCUGAUUUUCGUCAUAGCCAAGGGAGAUAAAUGCAAUUUUAAUUUCCUUUUUAGUGCUGGGCUAGGUUAAAGUAAAGUAAGAGUUUCGCCCCUUCCCGCAAUAAAUCCCAUAAUUCAUAAACAUAAACAAACAUGAAUCGUGGCGACGAAUUAGGAUUAAUUAAAAAAAACAAAACAAAAAAAACCCAACAUAAAUAUGGACCAUGAAGAGAGAAAUUUUACAAUAAAUAAAAAUGAGAGUGUUGGAUAUUGAACUGGCAAGGCAAUCAAAUGGAUUUUCUGAAAUGGCAUUCUUAAAUUAAUAUUAUGGGCGUCGACAUCUUGUUUUAUCCUAGUUAUCUCCCUUAGACUUUGUUUAUGAUAAUGUAAAAAACUGGAUAAUCUAUCCAAUGACCUAUUAUUCUCGAAAGUUGACAACGCAUCCAGACUAAUAUUCGUGGAAUAUUUUUCUGGAUGAUAGAGACUACUUUAGCGUUGCUGAUUUUCGUCAUAGCCAAGGGAGAUAAAUGCAAUUUUAAUUUCCUUUUUAGUGCUGGGCUAGGUUAAAUGUAAAUAAAACUGCCUUUGUUCGUUGUUGUCCUUGUUAUAUUAUUGCUGGACACGGUCAAACUACUCACAACUAUUAUUCAGCACGGCAAUAUACCUACUGCUUACAUAUUCACGCGUUUUGAAUCACCAAGUUACAUUAUGGCUUCUAUGAAGAACAGUAUUCCCCAAUAUACCUUAGUUAAAUUACACUAUUUGUUUUUUUAUUUUACUGUAAAUAUGGUACGAAAACAGUUAUUCUUCCCAAUCAACAGCUUUAACAUAAUAUACGAUAUAGUGUGAUGUAUAAACUGUAUUCUUAUAAUUUACAUUGUGUUCAAUAUAUUAUACAUGAUAUUUUGUUAUUGAAUAAACUGGUUGAUAUUUGAAA